AUGGGCCACCCAUCCGUUAUAGAAAUCCUACGAUCGGGUCAAGACACCACAGCUUGGCCCAAGUUUUCGGAAGACGAAAGGAACCGUUAUAAACAAUGGGCAACACCGCUCACGCGUGCCGCGAUUGGUCUCGCAUCCUGGUUACCGGAAGUUGACCCUGCGGCAAUUAUCGAGUUCGUCGAAUUUCCAAAGAUACGACUGGCUGUAUCUAAAUUUGAAGGUGAAUACUGGUCGAAAGUCUCCGAGUUUGACCGCUCGCACCGGUUUAUCAGUAGUAUAACUUUUAGGAAAGCCGCGGCUAGCUUUCAAUAUUCCCCCGUGGUCGACCGCCCGGAUUUUAAACUCUCAAGUCUACGCCCACAGCUACCAUACCAUCAUAUUGUGACCUUUAUGCGAGAAGUGUUUACUUGGACUGUGGUGGAGAGAACCGAUUUAGCAAUUCGACCAUAUUUACUGCCAGGGAAUAAAAACCAACUUCCCAUUCUAGUUGGUACGCUUGCGGCUUAUCUAUUUGUUUCCGACAACGAUUCUAUGCCGGGAACCCCCAUAGAAGAUAUGUCUGGCUUAUCGUCAAAGAAGGAAACGCUGCCGGUGUAUCCAGAAUGGAAAGCCCGUCACGAUCCCAACGAUCCGGAAGCUUCCCGGCGCCUCCUAUACUUAUCUUAUGAAAAUGCUGAUUGGUACCGCGUACUGCAGGAGUAUAGCGAGGCUGGAUGGUUAGAGACCUUGAUGCAACAAUUACAGCCAGAAUUUUUACGUACUCAAGAAAGAGUAGAAGAAGUAGAACCGGAUAGGUGA